CUACUCCCUAGGGAUACCGCCCACAUUACCCGAACCCUCAAACUGGGACCUGUGCCGGAGGAGGGGAAUAGGAGUGCAGCACAGCUGCUCCGGGCACUGGGUGCCCCUGCCCACUCCUGAGGGUGGCCCAGUGGGGGCCAGGGAGGGCGAAAAUUGGUGCUCUCCCUGCCCUUGGUUUUUCUCCUAGCCCCCCAGUCCCCCUUCCAGGGCUUCUCAGUCCCUGAAGGUGGGAUGGGUGGGGCAGAAGGCAGGCUGCUGGGGCUGGGCUGGAGCUGGGAGUGGUUAAUGAUUAAUCCUGGACACAGUGACCUGAGCCCUAGGGGAGGAUGGGCUGAUAUCUCCUCUGUCUCCAUCGGCCCUCCCCAGGAAAGGGGUCAGUGCUGGAGCCGGAGACCAUAGUAAGGGAUGGAUCCCCUCUGCUGGGGCAAGGCCCUGACCUGUACCCCAGAGGAAGCAAAGCCACCAAGGAGAGGUUUGGGAGGGCGGGACAAAUCCUGGCAUCCAGGACGAGUCCCAUAGGAAGUCCCACAGUUCCCGUUUCCUAGGCCAGUGCCCAGGAAGGGAGUCCAACUUGGUCUGCCCCCUCGGUGCCAGGCCAGCAUUUUGGUACCAGCACAGAGCACACCACAGACCAAGCCCUUCCCAAUGGGAACUGCCCCACCCAGAGAGGUGACAGCACAGCACGUCUGGCUGCUGUAACCCACACCAGGAGGAGGGAAGGGGAGAGUGGGCAGCAGGCCUGACACCUGAUCCCCCAGCUGGGCUUCCUCGAUGACAGGUGGAAGUUGCCAUGAGAAUCCUCCAGAAGGAAGAGAGGUGUGGAGGACUGUCCAUUUCAGUUGGGAAAAUCCAACCUCUUCCUUUACUGACGGGAUGACCUGAGGCCCAGAGAGGAUGAGGCUUGUCCAGGGUCACACAGUGGGCACAGGAGGGCAGGCCUGGGCCAGAGCAGCCACUGUGCGCACUGUUUCUCGUCUUGUGAAGGAGGCAUUGCUACCUAUCCCCAUUAUCCAGAGGGGGAUACUGAGGCUCAGGGAGAUUCAGUGACUUGUCCAAGGUCACAUGGCUCAGAGGUAGCUGAGCUGACUCCAAAUCAUAGGAGUCUUGCCCUGGCCCCCAUCUCAGGACCCCAGCCCAACCCAUGACCUCUCUCUGCUCCUCUGGGGUCCUGCCCUCUUGGAUCUGCCUGGGCCGCCCCAAACCCUCAGCUCCGGACCCCUCCCCCUCGCCUCCCUGGCUCCCAGCUCCGCCUGACACUUCAGCGGGUGGGCAGGCUGCUACCCCGGGAGCAGAGACAACAAAGCCCUGUUCCCAGCUGCCACCUCGGCCUGCUUCAUUCCCUGCUUGCUCAGGCAGAGCCCUUCCUGGAGGAAGCUCCCUGCAGACAGAGAAUGCCUGCUCCUCAUGCAUCUCCUUCCCUUAAUGGGUCUGAUGCCCUCGUGUCACCCAGCAAGGGAGGAGUGGGUCCCCCACAGCCCCUCCCACCGGGUUCUGAGGGACUAGGUGUGCCACCCAGUGAAAGAGGCAAUGAUUAACCUGGGAGAAUGAUGCAGAAAUGGAAUUCUGGGCCCGACUGCAGGCUUGUGGAGGGCUCCUUGCUUCACUUUGACUGGAUGAGCCCUUUUAGGGGCUCCACACGACUCCAAACAGGGCAGAGCAGGAUGGAGCCCAGGUGCCCAUAGGAGUCAUCAGGCUGGGGACUGCUGGAAUCACCAGGUACCUGAGAUGCCGCCACCGCAGAAGAAGCACUGGGAGUCCAUGGCUAAGGGGCUGGUGCUGGGGGCGCUCUUCACCAGUUUCCUGCUGCUGCUGUACUCCUAUGUGGUGCCCCCACUGCAUGCCAGCCUGGCCUCCACGACCCCAGAGGCUGCAGCAUCCUGCUCUCCACCCCUGGUUGAGCCAGAGGCAGUGACCCGAGCCAACAGCUCGGCGGGAGAGUGCCAGCCGCGGCGCAACAUCGUGUUCUUGAAGACGCACAAGACGGCCAGCAGCACCCUCCUCAACAUCCUCUUCCGCUUCGGCCAGAAGCACAGGCUCAAGUUCGCCUUCCCGAACGGCCGCAACGAUUUCGACUACCCGACCUUCUUCGCCCGCAGCCUGGUGCAGGACUACCGGCCCGGGGCCUGCUUCAACAUCAUCUGCAACCACAUGCGCUUCCACUACGACGAGGUGCGCGGCCUGGUGCCGCCCAACGCCACCUUCAUCACGGUGCUCCGCGACCCCGCCCGCCUGUUCGAGUCCUCCUUCCACUACUUCGGGCCGGUGGUGCCCCUCACGUGGAAGCUCUCGGGCGCUGACAAGCUGGCCGAGUUCCUGCAAGACCCCGAUCGCUACUAUGACCCCAACGGCUUCAAUGCCCACUACCUCCGAAACCUACUCUUCUUCGACCUGGGCUACGACAGCGGCCUGGACCCCGGCAGCCCGCAGGUGCAGGAGCACAUCCUGGAGGUGGAGCGCCGCUUCCACCUGGUGCUGCUGCAGGAGUACUUCGACGAGUCGCUGGUGCUGCUGAAGGACCUGCUGUGCUGGGAGCUGGAGGACGUGCUCUACUUCAAGCUCAACGCGCGCCGCGACUCGCCGGUGCCGCGGCUCUCCGGGGAGCUGUAUGGGCGCGCCACCGCCUGGAACAUGCUGGACGCCCACCUCUACCGCCACUUCAACGCCAGCUUCUGGCGCAAGGUGGAGGCCUUCGGGCGGGAACGCAUGGCCCGCGAGGUGGCCGCCCUGCGCCAUGCCAACGAGCGCAUGCGGACCAUCUGCAUCGACGGGGGCCACGCCGUGGAUGCCGCCGCCAUCCAGGACGACGCCAUGCAGCCCUGGCAGCCGCUGGGCACCAAGUCCAUCCUGGGUUACAACCUCAAGAAGAGCAUCGGGCAGCGCCACGCGCAGCUCUGCCGGCGCAUGCUCACGCCCGAGAUCCAGUACCUGAUGGACCUCGGCGUCAACCUGUGGGUCACCAAGCUCUGGAAGUUCAUUCGCGAUUUCCUGCGGUGGUGACGUCCCACCGCCCAGCGGCCGGCCUGCCUCAGGGAGCUGAGCAGGAAGCCGCUGGUGCUGGCCACCUCCAGCCCCCUCCUGGUGCCACCUCGGACCCCGAGGUGAGGGGGGCUCCCUGGAGGAUGCAGCCAUCCAAGACUGGGCCCACACGCAGAGAGGGCCUAACCGAGAUCAGUAUUUAACUAAUUAUACCGGUUUUUAUUAAACCCCUUUCCCUCCCCGAAAAAGAAUGUUCUAUUUCUGCCUCCCCUUAAAGGGGAGACCUCAGAAGUAAAGGAAUUUGAUGUGUUUUUGUUAA